AUGCUUGGUUUCCUUCAGAACUCCCAACAAAUUCAUGGACCAAUUCUUGUUGUUGUUCCUUUAUCAAAUUUGUCAAAUUUGGCUAAAGAAUUCAGAAAGUGGCUUCCUGAUAUGAACAUGAUUGUAUAUGUUGGGACUCGUGCUAGGCGAGAGGAAAUAACAAUGUUGUCCGUGUUGAAAUGUCCCCUCUACAAAAAUAGUAAUAAUAAUCCUAUUCCAACUCUACCCCUACUGGAUUCUCAAGUGGUUCUAUAUCUUGCCACUAAACUGAUUGGUUUAUUUGUCGGGUAUUACAAAUGGAUCCUUGAACGCAACUUUCAUGACCUCAACAAAGGUGUGCGUCGAAAUCAGGUUUCCCUCUUGAACAUUGUGGUGGAGUUGAAGAAAUGUUGUAAUCAUCCAUUCCUGUUUGAAAGUGAUUUAAGAACAUCUGAUGGAUGUGAAGUUAUUGUUGUAAUAAGGCUCUGGUUUGGAGUGGUCAUACAGGGGUUUUCCAGUUCUUCAAACGGGUCAAAGAAUCCUCAACAAAUCUGUGUUUCAGAAAAAAUUGGUGAUGGAUUAGUUAAUGAUCAGGGGAAGAAUGGGAACAAAUUAACAGUUUGA